AUGGGCAGCCCCCGCUCCGCGCUGAGCUGCCUGCUGUUGCACUUGCUGGUUCUCUGCCUCCAAGCCCAGGUAAGGAGCGCUGCACAGAGGCGGGGGCCGGGCGCGGGGGACCCAGCUGACACUGUCGGGCAGGGACACGAGGACCGACCCUUCGGCCAGCGCAGCAGGGCUGGAAAGAACCUUACAAAUCCAGCCCCAAACUACCCCGUGGAGGGAUCUAAGGAACAGAGAGACAGUGUCCUGCCUAAAGUCACACAGCGAGAAGGCCCGGGCGGGGGGCCUGCGCUGGGCAGGGAGCCCGCUUCCCUGCUCCGAGCUGGCCGGGAGCCCCAGGGUGUUUCCCAACAGGUAACUGUUCAGUCCUCACCUAAUUUUACACAGCAUGUGAGGGAGCAGAGCCUGGUGACGGAUCAGCUCAGCCGCCGCCUCAUCCGGACCUACCAGCUCUACAGCCGCACCAGCGGGAAGCACGUGCAGGUCCUGGCCAACAAGCGCAUCAACGCCAUGGCAGAAGACGGAGACCCCUUCGCAAAGCUCAUUGUGGAGACAGAUACUUUUGGAAGCAGAGUUCGAGUUCGUGGAGCAGAGACAGGUCUCUACAUCUGCAUGAACAAGAAGGGAAAGCUAAUUGCCAAGAGCAACGGCAAAGGCAAGGACUGCGUGUUCACGGAGAUCGUGCUGGAGAACAACUACACGGCCCUGCAGAAUGCCAAGUACGAGGGCUGGUACAUGGCCUUCACCCGCAAGGGCAGGCCCCGCAAGGGCUCCAAGACGCGCCAGCACCAGCGCGAGGUGCACUUCAUGAAGCGCCUGCCGCGGGGUCACCACACCACCGAGCAGAGUCUGCGCUUCGAGUUCCUCAACUACCCGCCCUUCACGCGCAGCCUGCGAGGCAGCCAGAGGACUUGGGCCCCGGAGCCCCGAUAG